AUGAACAAGAUUGUGGAAGAUUGCACGGAUAAGGAUGACCUACUCAAGAAUCGUUGUCAAGGAACUCCAGAUCAAUGUGGAAACCACCGGUUGCCAAAAAUUGUGUCGUUGAAGCAUCACUGGUGGUGGAUGAUGAACACCGUGUGGGAUGGGUUAAAGGAGACUCGUGUGCACUUGGGUCAUAUUCUUUUCAUAGAGGAGGACCACUUCAUUUUUCCCAAUGCCUACCGCAAUUUGCAGUUACUUACUCAAUUGAAACUGCAUAAAUGUCCUGAUUGCUAUGCCGCAAAUCUGGCACCAUUUGAUGUGAAGUCAAGGGGAGAGGGGUGGGAGAGUUUGAUUACAGAGAGAAUGAGUAAUGUAGGUUAUGCAUUUAAUUGGACUGUGUGGAGGAAGAUACAUAACAAGGCAAGAGAAUUUUGUUUCUUUGAUGAUUACAACUGGGAUAUAACAAUGUGGGCAACUGUUUAUCCUUCAUUUGGAGGUCCUGUGUACACGCUACGAGGGCCAAGGACAAGUGCUGUUCACUUUGGCAAAUGUGGUUUGCAUCAGGGGCAGGGGGAGAAAGAUGCUUGUUUGAUAAUGGUGUGGCGAAGGUUGAAGUAGAGGAUAUAGAUAAGGUUGCCAACAUCAAAUCAGACUGAGUACAUGUGCAUAAGAACCAAGCAGGAUAUCAAGCAGGGUUUAGGGGUUGGGGUGGCUGGGGAGAUAGAAGAGACAACCAAUUGUGUUUGGAAUUUGCUAACAUGUAUCACUCGAGUUGACAGGCGCAGCUCCUUUCUGGGGAGUUUUCGACAUGUGAGUUUCCCAAUCAGCAUAACCAGCAAGGUCUGAUUUCUUGAUCGAAUUGCUUAAUGAAUAAAUGAAAGCACAUGUUGUAGUUUCAUAUAUAUAAUAUGUUAUGGCAUACUAGGGGUGGUCCCAUUAUUUUUAAUUUCACACUAUUAACUGAAUGAAAUCACUUCUUUGCUUUGCUAUUUCAGAGAAUUUUUAGUAGCC